AUGUCUUCUAAAACCAGUAAAAAAUUUGAGUGUAAUGAAUGCAAGAAAACUUUCUCUAAAAGGAACAAUUUAAAUGAUCAUGUUUCAGCGAAACAUUCUAAUGAAGAAAAAUAUAUAUGUUCAGUUUGUAAAAGGGCCUUUUCUUACAAACAGUCAUUCAACAGACACAUGAAUAUACAUAAAUUAGCAAUCCCUGUUUACUCUUGUUCUGAAUGUGGUUAUAGUUCUCAGUUAAAAUUCAUGUUAACCAGGCAUAUUAAAAAUGUUCAUAUGAAUGAAAAUGAUGGUAUUUUUAAUGUGUCCUGUGUGUUCUGUGAUCACCAAUGCUCUAAGAGUAAUUUAUCUACACAUUAUGUGCUCUGCCAUCAAACUGAAAUUACUAGCGAGAAAUUGAAGUUUGAUAGUUUAGAUGCAUUUUUUACAUGGAAAUAUGAGGUUGAAGACCAAGAUAUCAGUAGGUAAGUAAAUUAUAUUUAGUUAAUAUACCUAAUACUUUUAAUUGUUUUAUUUGUAAUUUAUUUAAAUCAUGUUUUAGGUUCGUUAAAGCUCGGUCAACAUAUGUUGGAGCAUCUGGUUCCAAACAUUUAUUUUUUAAAUGCCAUCGAGAUGGAAAAUAUAAACCAAAAGGAAAAAAUAUCAGAAAAUUAAAAUCACUUGGUACAAAUAAGAUUGGAUCUCAUUGUCCAGCUAGAAUGGAUGUGAUGGUUGAAGGUAAUUUAGUUAGUGUAUUAUACAUUAAAACACAUGUUGGUCAUGAUUUAGAACCAAAACGGUUAACAUUGGCUAAGAAUGAGAAAGAUUUUCUCGCAGAACAAUUAUUAAUACCCAAUACUAAAUAUAAUGAUAUACUAAAUGCCGUGAAAACGUUAGAUUCUACAAGUCGUUUACAUCAUUUAACAAGAAAAGAUUUAGUUGCGAUUAAAAAUUCUUUAAAGGAUUUUGAAAAGAAAAAUAAUUUUAUAAAAAUAAGUGAAAACAAUAAUCAGUUUGAGGAAAAGCCAAAUGACACUAUAGAAGUCAAAAAUGUUUUUGAUAGCGAUUUAGUAACUUUGUAUAAUAUUGAAAAUCACGAGAAAUCUUCACUUAUUUUAAGUUCUGAGAAUCUAGAUGUGGAAACAAAAUCCGACAAACAAGAUAUUGUUAUUAUUAGCAAUAAUUUGUUAUCGAAUCAUAUAGAUAUAAAGGAUAGUUAUGCAAAUAAAGUUGAUCCUAUGUAUGAAUUAAAUGUUGACCAACAGAUAAUUGAGCAAAAUGAACAAAUACCAAUUUUACAAUUUAAUCAUGAAGUAAGUACAUAUAACAGUAUAGUGGCAUAUCCGGGGAAGAGAUAGGACAUAACUCCCCCCCCCCGGAAAUUAUUAAAUUUCCCCUCUCUUUUUCCAACUCCUUACCUACAAUAGUGACCUACCCAUCGUGUGAAUUAUGUCCUUUUGUUUUUUAAAAUUGUUUUGAGUUGAUGCAUAUAAAAAAAAAAUCCAGUGCACUUUCGAAUUGUGAUAGUGUUGUUCAUAAUUGUAUUGUCUAUGUUGAAAAAAAUAAAUAUUUACAUAUUUUAAUUUUUAUAAUCAGCAUUAUAAAAACAUAAGUAAUUAUGUAAUAAUACUAUAAUAAUACACAAUAAUAAUUAAUACCAAUUAAAAUAAAACUAUACAAAAUUCAAAACAAUUUAACUUGUUAUAUUAUUUUCAUUCCUCCCUCCCAAAAAAAAUUUCCGGAUAUGUCACUGCAAUAGUAUAACUUAACAAUAAAAAAAAUUAUUGCAAAUUAAAAAUUGUGUGUAUACAUUCUUUAGAUUUUAUACUAAAUUCUAUUAUUCAGUUUUAAGAGGGAUUAAAUUAUUGUCUACACAUUAUUAUUAUAUAAUUAUUAGAUAAUGGAUAUAAACGAAUAAAAUGAUUAAAUUCCAAUUUAUUUUAAUUUUUAUUUACCUAAUUGAAUUUGUAUACUUAAUAAAUACCAGAGUUUUAAAACUGUUGGAUGUGUUCACAUAUUUUUGCAUGUAACAAACAUUUUUUAAAUGUUAUAUAUUAAUAUUUGUCUAGACGUUGGAAAAUAAUCAAGUGAUUGAUUACCAACAAGAAUUUACAAAUAUUCAAAAUGAAAGAUUGAGUAUAAUGGAAAAAAUGAAGUUGAUAGUUAAUCAAAUUACAUGCAAUGAUGAAUUUGCUAUUGUUAAUCAAGGACUGAUUAAUAUAAUGACCACAAUUGAUGAAAGAAGGAAUGUAAUUAUUGAUCAAGCUGUAGUUAAUGGAGAUUUAGACAAUAUAAUGAUAUUUGAUGAAAGUAUUUUGCAGAAGUAA